AUGUCCCAAAGGAAAUUCUCAAUUUCCUUAGCGCUUUUGGCUCCUCCAAAUAAUCAGGGCUCUGGUACCUUGAAUUUGGAUGAAGGAGCUUCUCAUGUCGGACACACGACCGAUGCUCUUCUAAGAAGUAAGCCAUUGGGCCUUCAGCUCGCCCACCUGUGCGUAAAGGGAGGGCUCAUUUUCCUCCGAUGGCAUGCCAAUGAGCUCCUCCAGCUCGGUCAGCCGCGUCUCUAUUUUGGGCACACCCUCUCGGUCCUGGCCACCACUCAAGUUAGCCAGCCAAAGAGUCAACAAUCUAGGGUUGUGACACCAACUACCCACCUUCAUAAUUUUGAGCAUGCUUCCAUUUCCUUGACCAUUUUAACCUACGCGAUUUUCUCUAAGAUCUUGGACCGUUUUGGACGUCCCAAUUCCAAGUAUGAUAUGACCUUGGCAUUGGGAGUAUUAGCGUUUUGGCAAGAGUACAUCCUCUUCCACCUCCACUCGACUGACCAUAUAGGACUGGAAGGGCACUAUCAUUGGUUUCUUCAGAUUCUCAUCCUUGUAUCGCUCAUUACCACUGUUCUCGGUAUUCCAUACCUAGAGAGCUUCAUGAUCAGCUUUGUUAGAUCCUUUAGUAUUGUUUUUCAGGGUGUGUGGUACAAUGUGAUGGGAAUCAUGCUUCGGACGAAGGCUUUGAUGCCCAAAGGCUAUUUCAUGCACUUGGAGGAAGCCCACUAUGUGGUGAGGUGCAAUACAGAAGAAGCUCUCGACAGGGCCAAAGCGUUAACCACACUCGAAUUCAGCUGGUACUUGGUUAUAUGCAUUGUCCUCACCAUGUGUUUGUACUUGUAUAUGAUAAAAGUAUACCCUGAGAUGUGUUGGGCCUUUUGGGUCCAGCCCAAUUAG